CAUUCUCCUCUUUGUUUUGCUCGUUGAUGGAGGGAGAAAAAAUGCAAGAUGGCUGGUCUACGGCCGUUAGGAUGAUGGGCAUUAAGUCGUGGGACACUUGACGUGGCGGUCGAAGAUCCGUUGGACUUAUCUGAAGCGGGUGGUUGUCGAAGAUCCAAGACUCCAUGAAGGACCCGUGUCGUAUAUGUGGCGUUCGUCUGGUGGGAAGCCAGUGCCGCUGGAUAUUUAGCUCAUCAGGGAAGAGGAAGCUGCAGGUCAUCCUGUCCCACGUGCUGGGCCGGGAGGUGAUCCGCGACGGUCGCGGAGAGUUUCUCUGCGGAAAAUGUGUGUUCCAGCUGGAGAAGGUUGUUCAGUGUGACAUUAAUAUCAGCCAGUUGCAGGAUGAACAUAGCAGUAAGGUUCAGAAAGUCCAGGCGGAGAAGGAACACCUAAUCCAGUGCAUCGUCCAUGUCUACAACAGAAACAACCCUGGGGGUAGGGCCAGGGGAAGCACCCGCUCCAAGAUUCCUAUUAGGUCCUCGGAGGUUGGCGGUCCUGAUGUGGAAGCCGCACGUCAGCCGCCCCACGAAGGACUGCUUGUCAGGGAGCGUGGGAGCGUUGAUGGAGACAACCGGAUGAGAAGGUGUGUGAGUCUGGAUAGAAUAGUCAGUAAAGGAGCACUACCUGGGCGCUCGGGGCUUCAGAGCAGCCGACUGGGAUCAGGAGCUGGACUAGAAGGGUGCAUGAAGAAUAUCGGGCUCGUUGGCACACGCCACCGUUCACAGAGCAUGUACCUUGAUCUAGUGCAGCGUAAGGGAACGCUGUCUAGACAAGGAUUCAAAGGCCACUCCGCGUCUCUACAGUCUCUUAACCGAGACCUCCCCUCAGACCAGCCUCCAGAUCCUCUACGCAGAAGAAAACUUUGGGACUCAAACUUGUUUGUUUCUGGGCAAAGCACCAGCAGUGACCCAAGAAGAAAAGUUCAGCCAAAAGCAAUGCUCCACAGGUCCUCGAAUCAGCCAUCUGUAAUCUCUGACCUAAUCCAGCUCCUGCGCUGCAUCUCUAAGCACCAAGUGUGUGCCCCCGCAGGCAGUCGUAUCCCUGUGCUCAGGGGGUUAAACGCUGGCGCUGGCAUUACUCGAGCCAAGCUAAGAAACAAAGAGGCAGAGUGGAAGUCUCUGCAUGACCUCACUGAAGAGUUUGAUGAUGAAUACACCCCUGUAAGAGUAAAGAAGACGGACGUUAAUCGAUUGGAUUCCAUCAAUAAAAUGCUGACUGAAGAGCUGAACAGGAUAAAGAGAACCAAUGAAAGCCUGACGAAAACACUGGAGGAUUCACAGAACCACAACAAGACCUUGUCUGUGACGUUGGAGGAGAAGGAGAACGAGCUUGACACGGAGAAGAAAAAUGCUUUGAAGCGAGAUAAAACAAUCCAAGGGCUCACUCAGGUCCUCAGAGAAAAGGAAAAAGAGAUUGAGGAGCUUUGUCAGGAGAUUGAAGACAGGGAUGAUGCUUUGACAAAGGCCAGAGAGGCUGCACAUAAAGCUCAACUGCAGAAAUACCAGGGAGUAGAGGAACACCAAAACCUUUUAAUGGAAAAACAAACUGAGUUUGCCCAUCUCCAAGGGGAGCACCAUACCAAGGUGCUUGAAGCCCAAAAACUACAGCGAGCCCUGGACAGGAAAGAACAAGAAUUUGCUGACUUGCAGCAAACAAAGGACCAGCUUGAAGUGGAACUGGAAGACCUGCAGCAACAGAAAAAGAAAGGAGAUAAAGCCCUAAAUGAUCUCACCAACCAGCUGAAAAAGCUUGGCAGCGAGAUGAAAGAACGGGAAGGUGCUCUUGAACAGCAAUACCAGGAGUUGCUGGAGCAAACCAACAGAAAACUGCAGAGCCAUGAAGCCACCAUCCAGAGGCUCACAAGCACACUGACUGAUAAAGAGCAGCAGCUCCAGGAGUACAUAAACAUGGUCAGAGACUUGGAGCAAAGCAAAAGCCCCGGAAGUAAUGAUGGCAUGCUUGCCAAGCUGCGGCAAAGGCUGAAGGAAAAGGAGAGUGCCCUGGAGCAAGCGCUGGAUGAGAAAUUUGCUGCCAUUGAGGAGAAAGACAAUGAGAUCCACCAGCUGCAGCUGUUGCUCAGAGAAAGGGAAAGGGACCUGGACAGGCUCAACAACCUGCUGGCUCAUAAUGAGGAAACAAUCAAUAACUUUGACAGUCUAAUCAAGGAAAAAGAUGUGGAGCUGCAGCAUCUUGCCAACACUCUGAAGAACCUGCAGAGAGCCAAGCAAGAUGUAGAAGAUAACCUAAACAGAUCACUGAGGGAGAAGGACUCAAUCAUCCACCAGCUGCAGCUCUCCCUGGAGGGCAAGAUUAAAGAUAUGGAAGAAAUGGCUGAAAAAAUGCUGAACCAGUCACAGACUCAUGCUCGGGACCUGGCUGAGCAGAUGGGCCAGAGGUUGAAGGUCACAGAAACGAUGCUGUCUGAGGCAGUGAAAGCCAGAGAGAGACUAAUAGCCGAUAACGAGAGCGCUGUGGAGGGCCUGUUAGCUACAAUUAGCAGCAAGGACCAACUGCUUAAGGAGUCCGCCGAGCGCUUUAACCGCAUGCUGUCUGAGCGCGCUCAAGAGAUCCAGGAACUGAGGAAGCAGUUGGCCGAUAAGCAACAGGAGCUUGCCAAAGCUGAGAAGCAAAGCUCAUCAACAACCCAAGAGAGUUAUUUAGAGACGGCAAAACUAAGAACCCUGCUUGCGGAGAAAGACAGCCUCAUUGACAAGCUUCUGCAGCGGGGUCAGGAGAGAGACCGGUUCUUGGCAGAGUUGAGUCAGAAGGGGGAGGCGGAUCAUGUGUUGGAGCUCAGGCAAACCAUUCAGAUCAUGCAGGAGAAACUUGACGAGAGAGAAGCUGAACUAUCUAGGAGAAACAGUGAUGAUAAUCAGGAGAACAUUCCUCUCCCAACGGUUGUUGUCCUCAAGAAGGAAUUGGCCCAGAAAACCGAAGCACUGAACAAAGCACUGAAGAGGGAAAAUGAACUGAAGAUAUCUUUGGCUGAUCUCCAGUCGUUGCUUUCUGAGCUCGAGGGUCGCAAUGAAGGUCAGGCUGCCAACAUCGCUUCCCUGACUGCUACGUUGAAGACCAAGGAUGAGAUUAUUCAUGUUCUCCAUCAGCGCCUUGGACAGGGAGGUGAUAACCGGACUGAUCCCGCCCAAGAUCUUCUGUUUGGCUCCAACAUGGAUAGAUCCCUGCCUGUACUGCCUCAGAGAGAAAGAACCAUGAUAGGAGGAGACAGCCAGCAAGAUGCUUUGCCCCAUCUUUUAGCCUUGCAGCAGGAGCACGAUGCUCUAAACAAAGCCCUUAGAGCUGAACAACAGCUGUACUCCAGUUUAGUUAGGACUGUGAAGGAGCAGGAUAGCGCCCAGCGUCUCCAUGCUCUGCAGCUGGAACUGACAGCAGUUCAGCUUCUCAGGCAGCAGCUAGAAGACAGCAUCAAAACUAAUGAGGAGCUCAGGGAUGACUUGGAGAGAGAGAUACAGAGGGCCAAGCUCAGAGAAGGUCUGGACCUCAUCGACCCAAAGGAGCUGGAGAGCAUGAGGCAUCAGCUGGAGGACGCCCAGCGCUGGAACGCCUCCCUGCAGGCUCGCUUGGGAGCCAUCCAGAACCGCGGAGGAGGAGUCGGUGGAACCGGUGACGGUGGUGACACGUUCAGUUUCAUCGGCGAUCAGACGUCCUACAUGAGUAUCUGUGUGGGAGAAGGGCCCGACGAUAGCUUGUCCCAGCUUUCUCCUCAGGAGCUCCGUCAGAUGGUGCUGGAUUUGCAGGACCGUGUCGCCGGGCUGCAGAGUUUAAACAACGAGCUGCAGAGCAGAUUAUCAGAAAUGGAGAAGUCAGAGCGGGACGUUUUUGAGAAGGAAGACAAGGACGUGACCAGCAGAAGCCGGUUCAAACAGCAGCUUGAGAAGACGCAGGAGAGGCCGCUACCGGAUUCCUUAGACAGCCGACGUCCCCCUGGUCCGGAUAAAGAGAUCCAGACAGACAUCAGCUUAGGAGAGAUUGCAUCUGGAAAUCUGCUUGGUGGUGAGAUCGUGGACAGCAGGUCCAGCCAGAGUAGAGAGCAUGCUCACUCUGACAACGGAGACGACCACCGUGCAGAUAGCAACACAGAUGCAACGGCGCUGACGUCUCUGCUGGAGGACUUUGGGGCUUCCUCAGUCCUGCAGCUUAGAGAGGAACUACGCCGCCUUAGAUCGGAAAAUCUGAAGCUGUGGGGUCUCCUAAAGGAGCAGAAAUCUGCUGAGUGUAAAGAAAAGGAGAGCACCGACGUCUCUGGGAACAGCAGCGACGGGCCGGCUGAGCUGAGGAGGAGUCUGGAGACGCUUCAGUCUGAAUCUGAAGAUGGUUCCGUGGUCUUUAAAUUGUCGAAGGAGACCACAGAGAAGUCGAGCAGCGAGUCACACGGUGAGACCACUGCGACUAAUAUCAGCACUAGAGACGAGAAACCAAGUCCAAAACCCCAACGUCAGCUAGACGACGAGGCUCCGAAGCAACACGUCACAAGACACAGGGCUGGUGUCAAGUCUCGCCUCCCCGUGCCUGUCCGGCUCAGGGUAGAAGGCAGCACUAAAUGGCCAUCUGGGAACUCUGACCAGUGGCCGGCUGAUGCUCAGCAACCCUGUCUGGAUGAUGUUUAUGGUUCUGAGCAGCCCAACUCUCCCCCUUCCUCCACCAUCAGAUGUCCCCACACCAGCUGCAGUCCGGCAGAGUCCGACAGGGACUCUGAACCCAGAGCGCCGGCGGCUCACACCCUCAGCGACUCUACUCUCCUUUCUCAGCUGGAGCUGCUGAACCAGGAAUGCCAGGAGAAGGAGGCCCUGAUCGACAGGAUGAGCGAGCAGCUCGCCGACCUGGAGGAGCUCCAGGCCCAGCUGCGUGAAAAGGAGCGACUGAACGAGCAGUACGCAGUGGCCCUGCAGGCGGCACAGUCCACCAUCGCUUAUCUGACGGCCUACAGCCUGGACAACCAGAGCAACUUUGGUCCCCGCGCAGCUCCCGGCUCUGCGGGACCGGACGACCUCCACGUCAGAUGCGCGGAGCUGCAGAAGGCCCUGCAGGAGAAGGAGGAGCUCAACAGCCAGCUCAUCGAGCUCCUGAACAUGGCGGAGAAGGCCAUCGACUCCUCUCAGAGCCAAGAUAACAAACCUGAGGCUGAUGAUCUCUGUUCAAGGAUAGAGGGGGCUUUACAUCAGGCCCAUUCGGACAGACACGCCUGUAACGAGGGCAGCGGCGCCGCUGAGGAGUCUGUGCUCGAGCUGCGGCGACACGCAGACUCCCUGCAAAAGGCUCUUCUGGAGCAGAGUAAGCUAAACGCGGAGCUCCAGGAGCAGGUGAGGGCCGCCAACGCAGCUGCACAACGGGGCGGCACUCGGUCAAACGGCUCCAUCUGGAGUCCGAGAGACGCAACUGCAGCGAUGCCUAAAGACGACGACUCAAAGAGAGGCUUUGAUAAUAACGGCUUGAAUCAAGAAAUGUUUGGCGUUUUGAUGAAAUGCUUCAGCGCAACAGAGUCUGCUGUUUCCUCCCUAGCAGCCCACUGUAAAAGCGCGUCCCCCCCGGCCUCCGAUAAGUUAGAACUGAGCGCCGAGCUGCAGAGGGACUUCGACCUUCUUCAGAGAGCCCUUCAAGAGAGACGCGGACUGAGUGAAUCUGCUCAGCAAGGAAGGGAAACGGAGGGACUGAAGCUCCAUCAGGACCUCUGUCUCCUUUACAGGGUUUUUAGCGAUCGCUCUCGAAGGAUCGCCGAUCUGCAGGCGUCCGUGCAGGAGGAGCGAGGCCACAGGGGAGAGAGCGAGGCCCACAGGACGGCACACGAUGCCAAAGGAUUAGCUCCAGAUGUUAAGCUCCAACUGGAGACUUUGCACAAGGCUCUGAGGGAGAAAAAGAAGGCGUGUAAGAGUCUGGAGGAGAAGCUGGCCACCGCGCUCACCAGUACACCAUCUGCAGAAACGGCACCAAAAGCUCCUGAGCAGGGAGACAAAAGCGUGCAGGUGGAUUUGCAGGACCUGGGUUACGAAACCAGUGGCAAGAGUGAGAACGAUAGGGAAGAGAGCAGUAGCACAGAUCUAGAGGUGGGUGUGAACCCCAGUCGCAGCGCUUCCAGCCUGCCCUCCCUGUUGAAAACCGAACACGCCACCUUCUCCUCCACUGAAAAUCUGGACUCAAACUCCAGCACUCCAUACCCAAGCUCCCCGGCUCUCAGCUCAGCCAAAGUCAGUCUGAAAGGCCUGCAGACGUACGAGGACUACGGCGCGUCAGAGGACCCCCUCCAGCUCCAAGCACAAGUCAGAGAGCUGAAGGUCCAGCUGGAACACCAGACGAAAGUCAUCCUCCAAAUGCAAAGCCUCCUGCACAGAAACUCGCUCCCCGGCGACGCAGCUGCCAACGCCUCUGAGCCGCUGGCUGCCAGGGAAAACGAAGGCGCGCCUAAAGCGGAUCGCACUCAGGAAAGAGGCGGGAAGCGGGAGGCCGACAACCAGGCGGCGAGGGACAGAGCCGCUGCGGUGAACGCGGCGCUGUGGAAGGAGAGGACGCCGGACCGGAGCACGAGCGAACAGCUGCGUCAAAGCCGCAGCCGCUCCACGUCGCCUGCCAGGCUGGACUCUCUGGUGAAGUCGCAGGCCAGAGAGCUGUCCCAGCUACGGCAGCAGAUCAAGGAGAGCCGGCGGCUGGGAGCUCUGCAGCGCCGGCAGCUGGAGGAUCUGAACAAAGCCUUCAAAGAGCUGCUGCACGCCGGCGAGGUGGACCGCAACAUGGGGGAGGUGAUAAAGGAGCAGCUGGAGAAGAGCCUGAGCCUGCUGGACGGGCUGGAGGGCCGGCUGGACAAAGAAGAAUCUCCUCUGGUUGGUGAGGACGCGGCAGCUCUAGAUCUGUCCUACAGAUUGGCUAAGGAGCUGCAGGAGAAGAACCGCCUCAUCCAGAGCCUCCAGAGGCAGGUCCGAGGCCGGACCCCCAGCAGCCACCACAGCUCCCAGUCCGACCUGAGCCGCUCGGACCUGACCACGUCCUCCCGCCAGAGCAGCAGCGACACACAAGGCGGCAGCCGGACGCACGGCCGGCAGCCCUCUGGCCAUAACUCCCCUGCAGGAGGAGCCGAGGAGAAGGGCGCGUCUCCUCACGGACACGCCGGCAGAGGACUGCAGGGCCUGCAGAGGGAGAACCGGCGGCUGCAGGAGCAGCUGAGGAGCAACGAGGAGCUCAACGCCACCCUACGCAGCGAGCUGGACCUGCAUCGCUCAAUCAUGUCGCAGAGCAGCUUUCACCACCCAGAGCAGGAUCCGGGGCCCGGUCAGGAGGCCCCAGGGCCCCACACGGCAGCACAUAACCCGGGCGGAGGCAUCGGUCGGCAGGGAGAAGCAGGACAGCCGCCUCACGUGGUGAAUUCAGACCUGCUGGCCGAACACCUCCAGGAGAUCCGGGCCCUGCGGCAGCGCCUGGAGGAAAGCAUCCGCACCAACGACCGCCUGAGAGAACAGCUGGAGAGCCGACUGGCCGAGGUGGAGCGAGACCCAGCCGCCACGAACAUCUUCAUCCGCGGCAACGAGGAGCAGGGCCAGCUGGUCGGCGAGGUGCGCCUCCUCUGGGAGCAGAACCAGGUGCUGAAGGAGCAGCUCAGUACGGGAUCCAGAGACAAGCAGAAGGAGAACGAGAAGCUCCGGGAGGCUCUGGCCCGCCGCACGGCCAAGCUGGAGCAGAGCAAGAAGGAGUGCGAAGCUGUGAGGCAGCUGAACGGCCGCCUGCAGGAGACGCUGGAGCGCAGCGGCCAGGAGAAGUCGCUGCUGCAGGAGGAGCUGCAAAGGUUGCAGUGCGAGGCGAAGCUCCAGAGGCAGCAGCUGUCCGACUCCCAGCAUCUGCUCCAGUCUCUGCGGGUGGAGCUGCAGGUUUACGAAAACCUCAGGAGCGACUCCAGCAAGCACGGACGGCAUGAGGGGGCCCCUCAGCCCGUCCCCGUCCCCUGCUCGGGCGCGGUGGACCUGGGAGAGCUGCUGUCAGAGAUCAGACACCUGAGGCUGCAGCUGGAGCGGAGCAUCCAGACCAACACGGCGCUGCGGCACAAGCUGGAGGAGCAGCUGCUGAGAGGAGCCGGCCGCUCCGACACCAUCAACAUCAACUACCUGCUGUCCUAUCCAGAGGAAGGGGGCCGGUCACCGGGUCGGGAAGGCUUCAGCAGCCACGAGCACACCGUGGUCCGUCACGAGGUGAAACAUCACAACCACUCGGAGGCGGACGCCGUCUCUGCCUGCAGCAGCUCCGGGGACAGCGUCACCGGCGCUCCCUCCCGGCUGGUGCCGGGCCACCGCAUGUGGGCCAAUCGCAGCGGCCGCCACGUUCUGGGUCUGAUCGAGGACUACAGCGCCCUCCGCAAGACGAUCUCCGAGGGCCGCAAGCUGUCCCGCAGCAUGGACGCCCAGCUGCACGACUGUCUGCUCGCGCUCGGACAGCCGGGCGCCGACGGCGAGGUGAGAGGAAAGCAGCAGCUGAAGAGUCUGACCAGCAGCACCAACACCAUGCAGCAGGUCCUGGAGGAGGCCGGCCGGCUGCUCAAACUCCUGUGGAGGGUCUCUCUGCCGGCCGGUUUCCCGGCGGAGGACGGCUCCGGCAACCAGCAGGAUGAGCUUCUGAGAAACGAGAUCGCCCGACUGAAGAACAGACUGUCGCAGCAGGAGCGGAUGCUGAGCGGAGCCGUGAGACGCCUGCGCACCACCAACCAGCUGAAAGAGGGCAUGGAGCGCGUCAUCAUUGACCAGCUGUCUCUGACUCACGGCGUAUUAAGGAAAGCUCGGGGCAAUCUGGAGACAAAUUACUGCGCCCUCUUAGGCCUGAAAGGCCCGUCUGGAGGAGCAGGCCAAGGAGGUCCCAGUCGGUGGGAUGUAGAGGACACUCCGCCUGAUUUCCCCGUCUCCAGACUGAGAGCAGACAAAGACGCUGAAUCAUCAGAAGGAAGCGAUGCUGCCUCGUUGAGCUGCAGCAGCUAAACCCAACCCUGCCUUUAACGGAGCUCCUUGGAUUUUAACCAGACAUUCUCCAGCCUUCAUGUCCUGCUGUAAAAUCGUCCCCAGAAAUCAAAGCCUUGUUUUUGUACCCGAAUUGCACAACCUUUGCCUUUAUUUUAAUAGUUGUACUAAAGCUGUAAAAGUUUUUUUUUUUUUUUUAAAAGAAUGCCUGUGUAAAUAGCCAUCCAUGCCUUGCAGCCAAAAAUAUUUUCCUUGUAUGGUUUUUAUAUGACAAAGUAUUUUAUAACUGUUUUAGCUGCCGUAUGUGACGGCUUGGAGCUGCUGUGAGGAAAUGUGUUCAUAUGCAGUAAAGCAUCAUGCUGAAUCCAGGAUGUCUGAUGGAGUUUGAUUUAAAAGGAG